AUGGUGAUCGCUUGGGAAUGGCCCGUCACGGCCUCGGCGUGGCUCAGCACCACCAUCCUCACACUCAUUACUUAUAACGUGCUUCGCAUAAUUUAUAAUCUGUAUUUUCAUCCUCUGUCCAAAGUUCCAGGUCCCGUUGCAUGGAAGGCGUCUCGACUGCCGUUUAUCCGGUCACUGCUCAGGGGAACAAUUGUCCAUGAUUUUGAGCGCCUGCAUCGCCAAUAUGGCCCUAUUCUUCGUAUUGCGCCCGACGAAGUCACUUUUGCUCAUGAAGACGCUUGGAGAGACAUAUUCCAGCUUCGUAAAGAUCACCCACAGUUUCUAAAGGACCUUGUCUGGUGGAAAUCGCAACCUGGGAUGCCAGACAGCUUACUUAGCGCUAUCGACCCGAAACAUCAUGCACGCAUUCGUGGUCUUCUUGCUCCUGGAUUCACACCUCGGGCCUUGAAAGAGCAAGAGCACACUCUGCAUUUUUAUGUCAAUCUUUUAGUUGAAAGGAUCCGUGAGCGCGUGAAUGAGACACCAGAGAGCGGCGCAGUCAUUGACGUGGUGCCCUGGUUCAACUUCAUUGCGUUUGAUAUAUUUGGAGACCUUGGAUUUGGAGAAUCAUUCAACUGCCUUCAAGAUUCCAAAUACCACCCUUGGAUUGCUUUGCUGUUCAACAGUGUCAAGGCGGCAUCUUACGUCGCAGCAGCACGAUUUUACCCAAUAGUUGAGCGUCUACUUCUCAUGUGCAUCCCGCCCUCUCUAAGGAAGAUGCAAAUGGACCACUACCAGCAGAUUGUGGACAAGGUGGACAGGCGUCUCAAUUUCGAGCUUGAGCGGCCAGACAUCAUGUCUCAUGUGAUACGAGGCACAGAACGCCGCGAGCUGCCAGAGGGUACUCUCCACACGACAUUCAUGGUGCUGACAACCGCAGGAAGUGAGACAACGGCGACAGCUUUGAGCGGCACCCUCAACUACCUGGUCAACAACCCAAACAAGCUGAAGAAUCUAACACGAGAAAUCCGUGGGACUUUUCAACAAGAGAGUGACAUCGACCUCGACGCUCUGCGGAAGUUACCGUACCUCAACGCAGUGCUUAACGAGGGACUCAGACUCUGCCCGCCCAUCCCAUGGGUUCUCCCACGACGGGUUCCAGAGGGAGGCGAUAUAGUAUGCGGAACAUGGCUUCCGGGAGGGACUCCCGUCUCGAUACAAGCAUAUACGAUGAACCGCGACCCGGCAAACUUCCACUCGGCCACGUCAUUUGUUCCGGAGCGCUGGCUUCCUGACACGCGCACAGACCCGGAGUCGCCCUUCUUCCAUGAUCGCCUCCAGGUUGUCCAGCCGUUUAGCGAUGGGCCCAGAGCCUGCCUGGGGCAGCAUUUGGCGUGGGCGGAGAUGCGGCUGAUCCUUUCCAAACUGCUCUGGGUGUUUGACUUUGAGGUGGUAGAGGAUCGGAAGAUGAGGUGGGAGGAUUUGAGGACGUUUCUAUUAGUGGAAAAGAGGCCGAUCGAGGUGCGGGCAAGACUCAGGGACACUGCCUCCGUCGCAUAG